CGCUGAUAACUCCAUCUCUCCUCAAACGCAAACUACCUCCCUCACCAUCUCUCCUCGCUCCAUGUUCCCUUACCCCACUCCACCUCCAAUCCCUUUUUCUAGGGUUUGGGUUUGGGUUAGGAGUUCAAACGAGGUGGGGCCUUCCCUGCUUCCUUUGCCGCUGCUGGGAGUGCGUCAGACAGCGCCAUUGGAGCUUAGAUCCCAGGCCUUAUCGGCCCGUCACCAACCGUAUAAGCCCGAGUGGCAACCACCGACCCCCGCGGGAUCUCGUCUUCAAGCGAAAUGGCUCCGUAGCUUCGGCUGUGUCGGUUGGGGCCUGAUUUGAUUGGAAUCGCUGGGUCUCGGACUAGGGAAGACAGUGCUCUUAAUUUGUUUUUCUUGCGGAGGACGAGAAGGGGAUACGGGUAUAAGAGGAGGAAGGGGAAGGAAAGGGGUGCUGGGUGUGGCUGGAGAUCCGUGGUGCACAGGAAUUUUGGCAUCGAAAAUAUGUCAUCAUCUGAUAGCACUCUUGAUCAACAUCUAUCCAAAAAAACAGCUCUUGGUCUUAAGCUAUGGGUCAUAAUUGGUAUAAGUGUUGGGGUUGUUCUAUUGUUUGCUCUUUCUCUAGUUGUAAUAUGUGUUGCUAUUCAGAAUCGGAGAAAAUAUAGAAGGGCACCAGAUAGCCUCCCAACCACUCAAAUACCUGCAGUUUCAAAGGAAAUUAAGGAGGUAAGGGUGGAGCAAGUCCCAUCCAAUGACUUCAUUGCACAUGAAGGAAUUCUUCUCACAAUUCAAGAGAGAUCCAGUGAAAAUGACUCAAAUAAGCUCGUGGUGGAUUCGGGCUUGCGUAGGUCAAGUCAUGCUGAUAGAAAUAGUCAUUCGGGCUCAUUUCAUUAUGUUGAAAAAGAUGGUAGCUCCCACUCUGGUGAAGGAGGUUCAGAGAUAGUUGCAGUUAAUGGAAUAUCUUCAACCUACCCGAUAGAUGCCCCCUCACCUUUGACCGGCCUGCCAGAGUUCUCUCAACUUGGAUGGGGUCAUUGGUUCACUUUAAGAGACUUAGAAAUUGCAACCAAUCGUUUCUCGAAGGAUAAUGUUAUCGGGGAGGGUGGUUAUGGUGUUGUUUAUCGUGGCCGCCUGGUCAAUGGAACUCCAGUCGCAGUUAAGAGGCUUCUCAACAAUCUAGGCCAAGCAGAAAAGGAGUUUAGGGUGGAAGUUGAUGCCAUCGGUCAUGUUCGCCACAAGAACUUAGUUCGGCUUCUGGGAUAUUGUGUGGAGGGCACUCAAAGGAUGCUGGUCUAUGAGUAUGUCAAUAAUGGAAAUCUUGAACAAUGGCUUCAUGGAGCCAUGCAGCAGCGAGGUUCUCUUACUUGGGAGGCUCGUAUAAAUAUUCUCCUUGGCACAGCUAAAGCUCUUGCCUAUUUACAUGAGGCCAUUGAACCAAAAGUUGUCCACCGUGACAUCAAGGCCAGUAACAUAUUGAUUGAUGAUGAUUUCAAUGCCAAGGUGUCUGAUUUUGGUUUAGCAAAGCUGUUGGGUGCGGGGAAAAGCCAUAUCACUACUCGAGUAAUGGGGACCUUCGGGUAUGUGGCACCAGAAUAUGCUAAUACAGGACUCCUGAAUGAAAAGAGUGACAUUUAUAGCUUUGGGGUUCUUCUAUUGGAGGCAAUUACUGGGAGAGAUCCUGUCGACUAUGGGCGUCCUCCUAAUGAGGUAAAUCUGGUUGACUGGCUUAAAAGGAUGGUGGGCAGCAGGCGCUCAGAAGAUGUGGUAGACCUAAAUAUGGCGACAAGACCAUCUACAAGAGCUCUCAAGAGGGCUCUUCUGGCAGCCUUGAGGUGUGUUGAUCCAGAUUCAGAAAAAAGACCGAAGAUGAGUCAGGUUGUCAGGAUGCUGGAAUCAGAUGACCAUAUACCACAUGAGGACCGAAAGCAUCGGCGUAACAAAGCAGGGAGUGGGGAAAUUGAAUCUCAAAAGAACUAUGACUCAGACAAGAGCGACAAUCCUGAUUCGACAUCAAAUGGCACAAGGAAUGGAUCAUCAUCAUACAAAUGAUUAAGAGACAAUUUCAAGUUUGGUUGUUCUCAUUAUCUGGGACUGCUGCUUUCUUGGGUCUGAUACAACUUAAUCGCACAGACUAGAUAAACUUAAACUGCAAUCCAGAUCAAGUACAUUGGAAGAAGCAUUGUAUUCUUUAGACUGAAUGCAAUUUUUUGGUCUUUUAUAGCUAGUACGCUAUAAAAUAUCAAUGUGUACAGGUUGUAUAUUCGUGCUUGCAUUUGCACUGUGGUCGGUGCUCCUAUGGCAUUUCAAACUCUUGGACCUGCUAUUUUGUUUCCCUGAAGAAUUUUAUAUGUAAUUGAAGCACUAUAUUCAACAAUUGCCGGAUAAGAAGCUGACACCUUAUUUUAUUAGCAGCAAUCUACCAAGUGUAGGUUUACGAA